AUGUCUUCUCCCCUCCGUAUCGCCACUGUUGGCUGCGGCCACGGCGCACUCAAUGAGAUUUAUCACAAUCUCUCAGUUGAAAUGGGCAAGCGCUCUUGGGAUUCUGUUGACUGUGUCAUAAUUGGCGGUGACUUCCAGUCCCUGCGGAACAGCAAUGAUGCCACUUGCAUCUCAGUUCCUCCAAAGUACAAGUCAAUGGGAGACUUUCAUGAGUACUAUUCGGGAGAGCGCGUUGCGCCUGUCUUGACCAUUUUCUGUGGCGGUAACCACGAGGCUGGCAACUACUUGUUUGAGCUUUACUACGGCGGCUGGGUUGCGCCCAAUAUCUACUAUCUCGGCGCUGCGAAUGUUCUGCGCCUCGGUCCCCUCCGCAUUUCUGGAAUGUCGGGCAUCUGGAAGGGCUACGACUAUGCCAAGUCUCAUUAUGAACGCUUGCCUUACAACGACGAGGAUGUUCAGAGUAUCUAUCAUACCCGCGAAAUUGAUGUUCGCAAACUGCUCCAAGUGCGUACACAGGUCGACAUCGGUUUGUCUCAUGACUGGCCGCGUUCUAUCGAGAAGUCUGGAGACUCCGAGGCUCUUUUCCGAAAGAAGAAACACCUGCGCGAGGAUUCCAUUCACGGCCGCCUCGGCAGCAAGGCUGCCCGCGAUGUCCUAGAUCGACUUCGCCCAGCCUACUGGUUCUCAGCUCAUCUCCACGCGCGAUUUGCUCUUACCAUGGGUCACGAUGGUACUGCAAUUCAGAAGGCCGAGCCUUCAUGUGACGAGCCCCUCGAAUGGCGCUACGCUAGUGUUGCUGCACCCGUAACUCCAGUCAAGGCCAAGUCCAGCCCGGGUGAGCGGACCAGCCCAGAGAAAGUUUUCGACAACGCUGCAGGCAGUGAGCAAUCUCGUCUUGAAGCAUGGCAGACCUUUGGGGCAAACGUCUCGCCCAAGGAACGUGCGGAAAAUGAAAGGAUACGAGCCGAAUUCAACGACCCCUCGCGCGCCCCUACCACGCCAUCCAACUUUCAAGUUACUUGGAGGGAGGUCAAGGGGGACAAUCGCGAAAAGACCAUCCACAAGCCUGCGGAACCCCAGGUCCAGAAUGACGAUGAGAUCGCCCUGGACUCCAGCUCUUCUGAAUCUGGCUCGCCGUCCAGCUCGCCUCCUGCAAAGCGAGCCGCGCCCGCGCCCGCAGCCAUGGACGGUAUCUGCGAAUCGAAGGCCAUUAUGGAUGAUUCGAUUCCUGAGAACGUCCGCAGUAAGCUGCCUACCAGCCUCCAGGCAGCACCUGUCGAUUCAAUCUCGGAGGCGAUCCGCAGCAAGCUACCAGCCAGCCUCACUCAGCCAGUUCGACGGCCAGAGCCCCCGAAGAUGAGCCACCCAGAGGCCAUCAAAAACCGGGUCACCAAAUUCCUAGCUCUUGAUAAGCCAGGUGGCCAUGGUCCCUACCUCGAGCUGCUUGAGGUGAAACCUAUUUCUGAUCAACCGAACACCGGUUUCCAGCGCCCCUUCCGCCUCCAGUACGACCAAGAAUGGCUGGCGAUUACCCGUGCCUUUGCCCAGGACCUCCGAAUCGGGGAGUUCAAAGCAGAGACCCCCGCCAAUCGUGGCGAGGCCGAGUAUCUCCAGUCAAUCAUGGAGGCAGAAGCGUGGGUUGAGAAGAACGUCGUGGCGCAAGACAAGUUGGAUGUCCCAUACAACUUUGUCCGCGUCGCUCCGGUGUUCGACCCAUCUGUGCCGGUCACCACCCUCGAUACCCCACCUGAGUACCCCAACCCGCAGACGGCGGAGUUCUGCGAGCUCGUGGGCAUCGAGAACAAGUUUGCCCUUUCGGACGAGGAGUUGGCGGCUCGCAUGGCCCGCGGGCCCCGCCCCAACUCCCGUUCGAACUUCGACCCGAGCCAGCGCCGGGGUGCUCGGGGUCGUCGCCAGGGGCGUGGUGGUCCGCGCCGUGGUGGUCAGAGGUUUGGCUGA